UGCAGCGAGUUCCGAGUCGAAAGGAAUCGGGCUAGUCUCCGUUCGAAAGAGCAAAGGCAAAUGGAAAGGAUAAGCAUUUCAGCUUUCGGACUAAUAUGACACAUGCGAUAUGGUUCGCACAAUAUCGUGGCGACGGCUGUUUCUACAUCGGGAUGGGAGGUAAAAGCGCGAAACCCAAGAUUCCCUCCUAUGAGCCUUACCAGUGCUGUCCCGCCAAGCUCGCCCACGGCACCAAGGUCGCCAAGGUCACCAAAAGCCCGAUUGCCAAGGACAAGGGCAAAUUUCAAGAUACCGGCAGAAUGGAUAAGCCACAACUGCCGGCUUUGAAACCGAUAAACAAGCUCACGGCCAAGGAGAGCAAAAAAUCAGCGACGAUAUCACCGAGAGUCGACAACGAUGCGAAGGAACUCAAACCUAAGGCCAAAAGAGGAUUUUUCGGAAGCGUUGUGGCUGGAAUUCCUUACCUAAUGAAGAUCUAAGCGGCUGUGACGCGCAUCGGCGUUUAGGCAUACGAGGUCAAACUGUGAGUGACGAUUGAGAAAUGAGGAAAGAGUACUUACUGAUUGGAUAACGGUCGAACGAUGGCAAGGCUCGCGUGACUGAGAAUCCAUACAAACGACAAAGGAUGCCAUGAGGAAUAGCUGGAAGAAAACGCAAAAUAAAUCAAACGUUUCAUCGAGACGUUGAACAAGUAACGAUGUUACAUAUUUCCCAGAGAAAACAAAUGUGUCGUCUCUAUGCACCUGUUAUCGUCGCCGUUACAACUAUCAACGACAUCGCCCACAUAAAUUGUCAUCAUCGUGUUCGCUACUGAACUCAUGACCUGUUCGUCAUUGUUGUGUCACCAUCGUUAACAUCAUCGUCAUCAGCAUUAUAAUGUAACGUUAUUCUAAUCGCUAUAGUCAACGACAUUGUCAUUUUUCUUCUCGAUGUGUUCAUCUGUGCGUCGUGCACAGAAAGACAAAUAAACAUUUGCGAUUUUAAUGUCUCUUGUACGUAAGAAGCUAUCGAAGUAUCGGAAGCAUCAGGUAGUCGAGAAGACGUAAUACGCGACAGCGUGUAUUCGUCGAUGAUUACGCGAUAGACAGAAUUACUCUUGUAACGUAUGCAUUUUUUAUACAGUUCUGAUUCUUAAUACCAUCUAACGCUGGAUGUUGUUUAACAAUCGGUUUUAUUUUAUAUAUUAACCCGUUAACCGACCAACGGUAUCGUGUUUCGUUGCAUUUUAUCAGUAAUAUUCGCGCAGUAAGAGAUAGAACUUUAUAAUGUAGAGGAAGGAACAGUCGCACGUCGCUAUUGCCGAGACUAUCACGUACAUACACACAUUAGUGUUCCACCGAAAUUUUGCAGUACACGCUUUAGCAAUUAAUCUAACGUGGAAUUAAUAGUUUGUAACUAAACCUUUUACUCUGAAGCCUCAUUUUUACCGAUAUCUGUAUGCCUUUUUUGUUCCAAUAAAACCCAUCGAUCUCAUCAAGUUAGCUCUUGUCUCUUUAACACACGUAUAACACACACACACACACACGCGUCACACAAAAUUGUAUUUAUAAGGUUAUAAGAUUUUCUUAAAGAUAUGUAAAAGAAAUUUCAGGAUUUGUAAGAAUGGUACAAAGAAAGGAUACAUUAUACAAGUAAGAAGGAACCUGGCUUGCAAAUUACGAAUACAGUCGUACAUAUCACUUAGAGUACAACUUUUAAUAUCGAUAUAAAUUUAUCGUUCUUUCUUUAUAAUGUUUAAAUACGUCGAAAUAUGUGAAUUUCUUGUGCAUAAACUAUCACUAAUCGCUUACGUAACUUACUACUCCGCAUAAACCGACAUAAAACACAAAAGAAAGAAUAACCUUCUGUUGAUUAGUUCACACGAGAAAAUCAAAAUAAAGAAAACAUCUUUCCCUCCUCGAUUAUUUAUUUCUAUUUUAAAUUUGUUAAAAAUACUUUUCUGUUCCUCUUGUUCAAUAUUAUGGAAUAUAAACACGUCAAUGCGUCUGAAAUGUCGAAUUAUAUGUGAAAUGUGCGUAUAAAAUAAUAUAAUAUCUCGACAUAGAAGAGUAAAAUCAUUCGAUUGUAAAUACUAGAGAAAUUCUUCGCGUUAUCAACAGAUGAAAUUUAUAAUAUAUCAAAAUUUAUUGUCGUAUUGUACCUGUGAUCACGAUUCUCAGAUGUUAUAAAUUAUUGCUCGUGAACAUUUCCACGAGCCAAUAAGUCUGUCAUUUGCAUAAGAACAGCAUGUACGAUAAUAAAACUCAAUGAUUAUAUGAUAAUAAUAAAUACAGUUCCUAAUA